UCAUAACGAAAAAUGCAAAGCACCCACCUGGCGUGGGAGGGUCUAGUAUAAGAAAGUCCCAGUGGCUACGCGCUCUGGAUCGCUUACUGUUUCUAUUCUCAUUUUGAUUACCCAAUUAUGGCCAGAAAAUUCUUUAUCGGCGGCAACUGGAAAUGCAAUGGAACGACUGAGGAGGUGAAGAAAAUUGUCACCACUUUGAACGAAGCUGAGGUCCCUCCUGAGGAUGUUGUGGAGGUGGUUGUGAGCCCUCCCUUUAUUUUUCUUCCACUGGUAAAAGGUUUACUGAGACCUGACUUCCAGGUUGCUGCACAAAACUGUUGGGUCCGUAAAGGUGGUGCUUUUACUGGAGAAGUUAGUGCUGAGAUGCUAGUGAAUUUAUCCGUUCCGUGGGUCAUUCUUGGACAUUCUGAACGAAGAUCUCUCUUAAAUGAGUCAAAUGAGUUUGUUGGGGAUAAAGUUGCAUAUGCACUUUCUCAAGGUUUAAAAGUGAUUGCUUGCAUUGGUGAGACACUUGAGCAGAGAGAAUCAGGAUCUACAAUGGCUGUUGUUGCCGCACAAACAAAAGCAAUUGCAGAAAAAGUAACCAAUUGGACUAAUGUUGUUUUGGCUUAUGAGCCAGUUUGGGCCAUUGGCACAGGAAAGGUUGCAACACCUGCUCAGGCACAAGAGGUCCAUUUGGAACUGAGGAAGUGGCUUCACGACAAUGUUAGUGCUGAUGUUGCAGCAUCAACAAGAAUUAUCUAUGGAGGUUCCGUUAAUGGUGGAAACUGCAAAGAGUUGGCUGCAAAACCAGACGUUGAUGGAUUUUUGGUUGGUGGAGCUUCUUUGAAGCCGGAAUUCAUUGACAUAAUCAAGUCUGCCACUGUCAAGAAAGAGUGAUGGAGGUCUCCAGCCAUCUGUUCAGUUACAUGAAUGCCUUUUUCUGUGACUUGGCGCAACCAUUGCUGGCUGUUUUUCUGUCCCUUGUGCUUGCCUAGUAUAAUAAGCCAAUCCUCUGUUAUUGAAUCUUAUCUUGAACUCUGAAAGAUUUACAAGGGGUGUGGUUCGAGACUGUUUUAAUUUUGUGGCGGUUGCUUGUUUAGAUUGGAUUUCGAAAUUAAAUGAAGCUUUGAAUUGUCUUC